AAAGCAUCACACUGAAAUAUCGUCGUUUUGCAUUGAGAGGCUCCACCUUUCAAGAGGUUCUGUGACCUCACUCGUGGGCUGGAUUGCUAGGGUGGGAUUUCCAAGCUUUCGAAGCGCUGUAUUUUAUGCCUGAGCCUGUCUAUCUUUGGAUCUGCGUGCGUUUAACAGUAGUAAAGACGGAUUGGCUGAAUAGUUAACUGUAUAUAUUGUAGACUGGAUCUUUACAUCUGCAUGUCUCCAACUGGAAUAAAUAAUUGAGGAAUGUGGAAAUUACAGAAUGCCCAACAGCGUUGGAAAAAGAUUUAAACCCACCAAAUACAUCCCGGUCUCUACUGCUGCUACUCUUCUUGUGGGAUCCACCACCUUAUUCUUCGUUUUUACGUGCCCCUGGCUGACCAAAGCAAUCUCCCCCGCUGUGCCUCUCUACAAUGGUGUUGUCUUCCUCUUUGUGCUGGCCAAUUUCAGCAUGGCCACUUUCAUGGACCCCGGGAUCUUCCCCAGAGCGGAUGAGGACGAGGACAAGGAUGAUGAUUUCCGGGCACCGCUCUACAAGAACGUGGAGAUCAAGGGAAUUCAGGUCCGGAUGAAGUGGUGUGCCACCUGUCACUUCUACAGGCCGCCUCGCUGCUCACACUGCAGCGUGUGUGACACGUGUGUGGAGGAUUUCGACCACCACUGCCCCUGGGUGAACAACUGCAUUGGACGCAGGAACUACCGUUACUUCUUCCUGUUCCUGCUGUCUCUCAGCAUCCACAUGGUGGGCGUGUUCUCCUUCGGCCUGCUGUUUGUGCUGCACCACAUGGAGCAGCUAGGCACCCUGCACACCACCGUCACUCUGAUGGUGAUGUGUAUUGCCGGGCUCUUCUUCAUUCCAGUUGUGGGCCUCACAGGCUUCCAUAUGGUUCUUGUAGCCAGAGGUCGCACCACUAAUGAACAGGUGACGGGCAAGUUCCGCGGAGGAGUAAAUCCCUUCACGCGGGGUUGCUGUGGCAACAUCAAGUAUGUCCUUUGUGCUCCCCUGGCACCCAGGUACACGGGUGUAGAUCCAAGGAAGAAGUCUCCUGUCUCCAUCCAGCCCCCCUUCAUCAGGCCUGACCUCUCUGACAAACUGAUCAGCAUCAGGGUCAACGACAACGGAAUUCACACCAGCAUCCUCCGAUCCAAAUCCAAGAUCAGUCUGGAUGGCCUGGCCCUGGAUGAGAAAGGUCUAGACACCCAGCCACCAUUGCCCCCCAAAGCUGACCGCUACACCCAGCUGAAAAGCCAGCUGACAUCCAGUGAAGAUAGUUCCUUGUCUGGCAAGACCCACCCUUCCACCCCAGCCAUGUACAAGUACCGGCCUUCGUUUGGCACCAUCCCCAAAGUCCACUAUCAUGCAGCAGGGGAGAAGAUUGAAAUGCCAGAUAAGACAUCAGCCAUCUUGGAGGAGGGCCGCUGCCAUGUCGACUACCGCUCAGAGCCCAACCUGGACCUGCCCGACUACCGUAACGCCCCUCUCCACCGCGCCUUCCAGUCCUCCCCACUGCAGCUGGACUCGUACCCCGUCAACUCCCGCUCCCUGAGCCUGAAGCAGGCCCAUCAGCGCAAGGACAAGAGCCAGCUGCCUGAGACUGUCACCUCCACCCCCUAUAAGAGUGUCUUCUCCCCUAACACACUUUCUAGCCGCAACGGCAGCCUCUCUUACGACAGUCUGCUCAACCCCAGCAUCUCUCCAGCCCCAGUGGCUGAGUGCAUGGCCCAUCCUGGUAUGCCCUCGGUAGGCAUUCACUCUCCCUACCUGCCAACCAAAACGUGCCAUGUGCGGGGGCCUGAACUGCAGAGCCAGAGGCAGCAGGUCCCCCCCAGCUUCAGCCCCGUGUUGGGCUCCAGGGGGCUGGGGAUGGGCAGGAGUCAGUCCCCACACCCCCAGGACCGGGACCCGUCGCCAGUGCGCUACGACAACCUUUCCAAAACCAUCAUGGCUUCCAUCCAGGAGCGUAAGGAGAUGGAGGAGAGGGAGAAGUUCCAGCUGCUGCACCAUGGGGGGCACUCCCAGGCUCAGGACUCGGGCAUGUUUGACAGCCCCAGUGGGUAUGGCCUGCCUCCCAGCGCCUGCUACUCAGAUGGGCCCCGGGGCCCGAGCUCCAGAGGACCCACGCCUCCGGCCUACGGGGGCUCCAGGGACAACCUGAUGGGGGUGGGGGUGGUGAACUACGGGCCGCGGACCCCCAUGCUGCGCUCCUCUGGUGGCUCCUCACUGGUGCGUGCCCCCAGGAACUCCUCUAGCUCCUUGCACACUGACAGCAACAUGCAGGGAAGCAGGGCACCGGAGGCCCCGUACCGCUCCCCAGCCCACCAACCCAACCACUCCCCGGCUAUGCCCCACUCACCCUCCUAUACCCACCAGAAACUCUCCUUCAUCCAUGCCCUGGAGAGGACAGACUCACCCCGCCUGGGUGGCCCAAGAGAUGCCAUGAUGCAAAGUAAAGUAAACGGCCAAACGGACUACCAUCUAGGGCCCAACGGCUCCAGUGCCCAGGGUACUCCUAGUCGCCAUAGUAAUGUCAAAAAAGUGACCGGGGUGGGUGGCACCACCUAUGAGAUAUCUGUUUAAGAGGCCGGAGGCCCCGGGCGCCAAACAUCGGAGGCAGCAUUGUCAUGGAAACAACCUCCAAUGACGACGACAACAACAUCCACAAGCGUGCUAGGGGAAAGAGGAUUCAUUUCUUUCUUCUAGCUUUUUGGGGGAUUACGACCCACCAGGGGUGCACAGCACUUCCUACUUGGAAAUGAUCGUCCGUUCAGAACUCUCCUCUUACCGGGCUUGGCCCCGUGCGUACAUCUGUGUUUUGGAGCAGCGGAUUGGGAUCUGUGUGUGGUGUGAAAAGAGCAAUGUAAACUUAAAGAGGGCUGAUGUGUGUAUUGAGUGUUGUGUUGUUGAAUAAUGUGGCUUGUUGUGUUGGUUAUCUGUGGACAGUCUGAAUCAGACAGAAAUGUGUUGUGUGCAGCGUCUGUCUCUUGCGAUGUAGGUGCUGUUAUGUUUCAUCACACUCACUAAACACCCAACCGGACCACAAAGACCUUAGCACCCGGACAUGCAUUCAGAUAAACAACAUCCUCUACAAUAGAAACAGUAUGGAUGGCAGUUUCCAUCCUAAUAAUCCAUUCAUACAGCAGUACCGUCAUGGAUCCAAAGCAUACUGGAUCACAGCUAUGUUUUUCCAUAUCCAGUCCAAAUGACCACACCGGUCUCAAUCGUCAACAUGCCAGCCAUUACGGAGCAGCACGUCCAGAUCACAAACCGCAGUCGGCUUUAGAUCGAUACAAUAUCGAUUUCACUUCAUACUAUUGUUAUGCAGAAACAACACGAGAUCAGCCAAACGGAUAUGAAAUUGAAAUACAGUGGUGGCGUUGCACUUAGAGGCCCUGGUCUUAAAUGUCUCUGUUUUUACAUUGAUCCUUUUGAGUUUUGAGAUGUUUUAGUGUACUUGGAGUACAGCAGCAUAUUCAGCUCAAGUUUGGUUGAGCUCCAGUAUUUCCCUAUAAGCUACCGUCUGUAUGUUAUCCAUCUCUCAUGGACAAAAAAAACAGGACGUAAACCAGUAAGUAUAACUGUUCCGAAAGAUCAUUUUAUCUCUGGGUAACCAAUAUUAGUACAUCAUCAGCAACAUACUGUAUAUGCCCUCCUGACAGUGUGAGCAUGGUGUUACAGUGACCCAAACACGCAAACCUGUGGUUCUGUGGUGCCUGUUAUCUGGAACCAGUUCUGAGUACCCCAUCAAAACUGUCCUCACUAAAUUCUGAGUACCCUGUCAAAACAGUCCUCAUUCAAUUCUGAGUACCCCGUCAAAACAGUCCUCACAACAUUCUGAGUACCCCGUCAAAACAGUCCUCACAACAUUCUGAGUACCCCGUCAAAACAGUCCUCACAACAUUCUGAGUACCCCGUCAAAACAGUCCUCACAACAUUCUGAGUACCCUGUCAAAACAGUCCUCACAACAUUCUGAGUACCCUGUCAAAACAGUCCUCACAACAUUCUGAGUACCCCGUCAAAACAGUCCUCACAACAUUCUGAGUACCCUGUCAAAACAGUCCUCAUUCAAUUCUGAGUACCUCGUCAAAACAGUCCUCAAUAAAUUCGGUACCAAUCCUGCAAGCUUGGCGCAGGCCGUGCACUGCCUAAACAUCUGAUAGGAAAAUUAUUAUUUUGGUUACUUAGCUUUUUUCACUGGUCCAUCCAUAAUGCGUUACGUUAAAGCCAUGUACACUUGUGUUAUGUUUUGUUAUGAUUCAUAUCGUGUGGGAAACCUUUAAAAGCAGACAAAGUCUUUAGCUGUCAUAAAAUGAAGAAAACUCACCCAUUGUUAUAUUUUGUAUUUUUUUAUUGGUUUGUUUUUUUAUAUACCCAACCAUUUGAAAAUGUUUGAUACAUCUCCCUUUUUUACAGACACUCAAGCAGUGGUAUGGAAUUGGUGUUUGUAUUUCGAGUGGAUUUUUUGGGUAGAUAAUUUAUACCAUAAAUACAGGAAUAGCAUUACUCUUGCAGGGAAGGGUUUGUUGAAUUUUGCGGUGUAAAUGUUAUUGAUGAAACUGUAGUAGUAGUUAAAAAACGAAUUGGUGAAAAAGACUUAACCUGUUACAACUCAGGGUAGUCCUGGAUGUCUGUCUGCUCGUCCACAACACCAACAGACUUCAGACUGAAGACAUUCGUUCAAUUUCAGCAGCUGUCUGGUACAGCAAAUCAAAACAUAAGGAAAAUCACAUACAUUCAACUAUGGGAAAGUUGUUUUUUGUCAUUCACUGAAGAAACUAAGAUUUAGUUUGAUAUAUACACAUUUUGUUCAUUAAAAAAAUUCACUGAUCAAA